AUGGCCUACUCAUCACGCCCGACAUCCAUGUUGCCCGGCUCGAGCCUUCGUCAACCGGCCAGUCAACCCUCGUCCGCGUUAUCAGCGCGCAUCGCCGCGAAAAAAGCCGAACUGGAGAAUCUGCGACAGCUGCGGGAUCUCAGUGCCACCUUGGCCAUGCAAAUGCAGGCGCUCGAAAGCAAGAUUGGAACAUUAAAGGAUGGCACCGAAGCGGUUGCAUGCGUGCUUGCCAAUUGGGAAAAUGUGUUACGUGCUAUCAGUUUAGCCUCCAUGAAACCCUCGACUAAUGUGGGAACAACCCUUGAACAGCCCGAGCCAGCGGACUCGUGCAUCCUGGUCACGCGGAGACUGAAGAUUCCUCGCGCGAACCUCGCUUACCGUCAACUCUUGUUCGCAUCCCGGCCGAAUCCCGAGACAAGACUGGCGAGUGAACCAGUGCAGCGCCGUUGUAGACUUCCGACUUUGAUCUAUGCACCCCAGAGAACUGAGGAGCAGGAGACCAACCGAAACCGAGGAACAAAGAUCUUGGUCUUCUCGCCCAGGAUCAUCUCUCCUGCAGGACUGUUUCGUGAAUUUGAGAAGGUGCGAUAA